GACCUGGUGAACUACCAGAACAAAUGCCGUCUGAUUAGAGGCUGGGAUGACCUCUUCAACAAGGUCAAAGAACAUAUUAACAGCGUGUCUGCCAUGAAGUUGUCUCCAUACUACAAGGUGUUUGAGGAAGACGCUCUGAGCUGGGAGGACAAGCUGAAUCGCAUCAUGGCUCUAUUUGACGUUUGGAUUGAUGUCCAGCGUCGCUGGGUCUAUCUGGAAGGCAUCUUCACCGGCAGUGCUGACAUCAAACAUCUGCUGCCUGUAGAAACCCAGAGAUUCCAGAGUAUCAGCACAGAGUUCUUGGCACUGAUGAAGAAGGUGUCAAAGUCUCCCUUAGUGAUGGAUGUGCUGAACAUACAAGGGGUGCAGAGGUCUCUGGAGCGAUUGGCUGACCUUCUGGGAAAAAUCCAGAAAGCCCUCGGAGAAUACCUGGAGAGGGAAAGAUCCUCAUUCCCCAGGUUCUACUUUGUGGGAGACGAGGACCUACUUGAAAUCAUUGGUAAUAGCAAGAAUGUGGCCAAACUGCAAAAGCACUUCAAAAAGAUGUUUGCUGGCGUUUCCAGCAUCCUGCUCAAUGAGGACAACACUGAGGUGCUGGGAAUCUCCUCCCGCGAGGGUGAGGAGAUUCUCUAUAAGACACCAGUCUCCAUCACACAGCACCCCAAGAUCAACGAGUGGCUGACGCUGGUGGAAAAGGAGAUGAGGGUGACGCUGGCCAAACUGCUAGCUGAGUCCGUCACAGAGGUCACAUCCUUCAACAAGGGCACAGGCAUUGACCUGAGUCAGUACAUCAACUGGAUUGAUCGUUACCAGGCCCAGCUGGUGGUCCUGUCCACUCAGAUCGCUUGGUCUGAGAACAUUGAGGCUGCCUUGACUUCUAUCGCUGGUGGUGGGGACAUGACACUCAUGCAGGGAGUGCUGUCAAAUGUGGAGGCCACCCUUAAUGUGUUGGCUGACACCGUGCUGAUGGAGCAGCCUCCACUCCGCAGGAGGAAACUGGAGCACCUGAUUACUGAGCUGGUGCACCAACGUGAUGUAACCAGGACUCUGAUCAAGAACAAGAUCGACAACCCGAAGUCCUUCGAGUGGCUCUGCCAGAUGCGCUUCUAUUUUGACCCCAAGCAGACAGAUGUUCUGCAACAGCUGUCCAUUCAGAUGGCCAAUGCCAAGUUCAACUACGGAUUUGAGUACUUGGGAGUCCAGGACAAGCUUGUCCAGACCCCUCUGACAGACCGCUGCUAUCUCACCAUGACCCAGGCUCUGGAGGCCCGCCUUGGAGGGUCACCAUUUGGUCCUGCUGGCACAGGGAAGACUGAGUCAGUGAAAGCUCUUGGUCACCAGCUGGGCCGCUUUGUCCUGGUCUUCAACUGUGAUGAGACAUUUGACUUCCAGGCCAUGGGUCGUAUCUUCGUUGGUCUGUGCCAGGUGGGAGCAUGGGGCUGCUUUGAUGAGUUUAACCGUCUGGAGGAGAGAAUGCUCUCUGCCGUCUCCCAGCAGGUCCAGUACAUCCAGGUGGCCUUGAGGGAACACAGCAACCCCAACAGAGACAGGAGUGUGCCAGUCACCACAGAGCUCCUGAACAAGCAGGUGAAGGUGAGUCCAGACAUGGCCAUCUUCAUCACCAUGAAUCCUGGCUACGCUGGCCGCUCCAACCUGCCUGACAAUCUGAAGAAGCUGUUCCGCAGCUUGGCCAUGACCAAGCCCGACCGCCAGCUCAUUGCCCAAGUAAUGCUGUACUCUCAAGGUUUCCGUACAGCUGAGAUCCUUGCCAAGAAGAUUGUGCCCUUCUUCAAGCUGUGUGAUGAGCAGCUGUCAUCCCAGAGUCACUACGAUUUCGGCCUCCGAGCUCUCAAGAGCGUGCUGAUCAGUGCUGGUAAUGUCAAGCGUGAGCGUAUCCAGAGGAUCAAAAGGGAGAAGGCGGAGCGUGGAGAGGUCGUUGAUGAGAAUGAAAUCGCUGAGAACCUUCCUGAACAGGAGAUCCUGAUCCAGAGUGUGUGCGAGACAAUGGUUCCCAAGCUGGUGGCGGAAGACAUCCCUCUGCUGUUCAGCCUGCUGUCAGAUGUCUUCCCUGGAGUCCAGUACCACCGCGGAGAGAUGACUGCUCUGAGGGAAGAGUUGAAGAAAGUCUGCACUGAGAUGUACCUCACAUACGGAGACGGUGACGAUGUGGGCAGCAUGUGGGUGGAGAAGGUGCUCCAGCUGUACCAGAUCACACAGAUCAACCACGGUCUGAUGAUGGUGGGACCUUCAGGUAGUGGGAAGACCAUGGCAUGGAGGGUGCUACUCAAGGCCCUGGAGAGGCUUGAGGGUGUUGAGGGUGUGGCCCACAUCAUCGACCCCAAGGCCAUCAGCAAGGACCACCUGUAUGGAACCCUGGACCCCAACACCCGUGAAUGGACAGAUGGCUUGUUCACACACAUCCUCAGGAAGAUUAUUGACAAUGUUCGAGGUGAACUGCAAAAGCGUCAGUGGAUCAUUUUUGAUGGUGAUGUUGAUCCAGAGUGGGUUGAAAAUCUAAACUCUGUACUGGAUGACAACAAGCUGCUCACCCUUCCCAAUGGAGAGCGUCUCAGCUUGCCACCUAAUGUGCGUGUAAUGUUUGAAGUACAGGACCUGAAGUACGCCACCCUGGCCACUGUGUCUCGCUGCGGUAUGGUGUGGUUCAGUGAGGAUGUUCUCAGCACUGACAUGAUCUUCAACCACUUCCUGGCUCGUAUCCGCAGCAUCCCAUUAGACGAGGGAGAGGAUGAAGCUCAGCGCCAGAGGAAGGGCACAGAUGACGAGGAAGAGACUGCAUCACCAAUGCUGCAGAUCCAGCGAGAUGCUGCAGCUAUCUUGCAGCCUUACUUCACCUCCACAGGCCUAGUGAUCAAGGCCUUAGAGCAUGCCUCCAAGAUGGAGCACAUCAUGGACUUCACACGCCUGCGCUGUAUGGGUUCCCUGUUCUCAAUGCUGCACCAGGCUUGCCGUAAUGUGGCGCUAUACAACAACAACCACCCUGACUUCCCCAUGCCCAUUGAUCAGCUGGAGAAAUACAUGCAGAAAUAUCUUAUCUACGCUGUGCUGUGGUCCUUCUCUGGUGACGGGCGGCUGAAGAUGAGGGCUGAGCUCGGAGAAUACAUCCGUCGCAUUACCACUGUACCCCUCCCCUCUGCUCCCAAUGUCCCUAUCAUUGACUACGAGGUGUGCAUCUCAGGUGAGUGGCAGUCCUGGCAGGGCAAGGUGCCCCAGAUUGAGGUAGAGACCCACAAGGUGGCAUCCCCUGAUGUCGUGGUUCCCACCCUGGACACUGUUCGCCACGAGGCUUUGCUUUACACAUGGCUGGCAGAGCAUAAACCACUGGUGCUGUGUGGACCUCCUGGCUCUGGAAAGACUAUGACUCUGUUCAGCGCUCUCAGAGCCUUGCCUGAUAUGGAGGUUGUGGGUCUGAACUUCUCCAGUGCUACCACCCCAGAGCUGCUGCUGAAGACCUUUGAUCAUUACUGCGAGUACCGCCGUACCCCCAACGGUGUGGUCCUCGCCCCUGUCCAGCUGGGCAAGUGGCUGGUGUUGUUCUGUGACGAAAUCAAUCUGCCGGACAUGGACAAGUAUGGCACACAGAGAGUCAUCUCUUUCCUCCGACAGAUGGUGGAACAUGGAGGUUUCUACCGCACCUCCGACCAGACUUGGGUCAAAUUGGAGAGGAUCCAGUUUGUCGGAGCCUGUAAUCCUCCCACUGACCCUGGCAGAAAGCCUCUUACACACAGGUUCCUGCGUCAUGUUCCUGUGGUGUACGUGGACUAUCCAGGCCCAGCCUCUCUGACACAGAUUUAUGGAACCUUCAACCGUGCCAUGCUGCGCCUCAUCCCCUCUCUACGUACCUAUGCUGAGCCUCUUACUGCUGCUAUGGUUGAGUUCUACACCAUGUCUCAGGAGCGGUUUACCCAGGAUACCCAACCUCACUACAUUUACUCUCCCAGAGAGAUGACCCGCUGGGUGAGGGGAAUCUUUGAGGCCCUGCGGCCACUUGAGACUCUGCCCGUGGAGGGGCUCAUCCGUAUCUGGGCCCAUGAAGCGCUCCGUCUCUUCCAGGACAGGCUGGUUGGUGAUGAAGAGAGAAGGUGGACAGAUGAAAACAUUGACAUGGUUGCUGUCAAACACUUCCCCAACCUUGAUAAGGAGAAGGCUCUCAACAGGCCUAUCCUCUACAGCAACUGGCUCUCUAAGGACUACAUCCCAGUGGAACAGGAGGAGCUCAGGGACUAUGUGAAGGCCCGUCUGAAGGUCUUCUAUGAAGAGGAGCUGGAUGUCCCUCUAGUGCUCUUCAAUGAGGUGCUAGACCACGUCCUCAGAAUUGACCGAAUCUUCCGUCAGCCUCAGGGCCAUCUCCUGUUGAUCGGUGUAAGUGGAGCAGGAAAGACUACACUGUCUCGCUUCGUAGCCUGGAUGAACGGACUUAGUGUAUACCAGAUCAAGGUACACAGGAAAUACACUGGAGAAGACUUUGAUGAGGACCUGCGUACAGUGCUGCGUCGCUCAGGUUGUAAGAAUGAGAAGAUUGCCUUCAUCAUGGAUGAGUCCAAUGUGCUGGAUUCUGGUUUCCUUGAGAGAAUGAACACACUGCUGGCCAACGGAGAGGUUCCUGGCCUGUUUGAGGGAGAUGAGUAUGCCACUUUGAUGACUCAGUGUAAGGAGGGAGCCCAGAAAGAGGGCCUGAUGCUCGAUACACAUGAGGAGCUGUACAAGUGGUUCACAAGCCAGGUUAUCAGGAACCUCCAUGUUGUUUUCACCAUGAACCCCUCAUCAGAGGGCCUGAAGGACAGGGCUGCCACAUCUCCUGCCCUCUUUAACAGGUGUGUGCUGAACUGGUUUGGAGACUGGUCCACUGAAGCCCUUUAUCAGGUGGGUAAGGAGUUCACCAGCAAGAUGGAUCUGGAGAAACCAAACUACAAGGUGCCAGACUACAUGCCCAUCGUCUAUGACAAACUGCCCCAGCCACCAUCUCACCGCGAGGCUAUUGUCAAUGGCUGUGUGUUUGUACACCAGACACUUCAUCAGGCUAACAACCGUCUAGCUAAGAGAGGUGGUCACACUAUGGCCAUCACUCCUCGCCACUACCUGGAUUUCAUCAACCAGUAUGCCAACCUGUUCAAUGAGAAACGCAGCGAGCUGGAGGAGCAGCAGAUGCACCUCAACGUUGGUCUCCGCAAGAUCAAGGAGACUGUUGAUCAGGUGGAGGAGCUUCGUCGUGACCUGAGAAUCAAGAGCCAGGAGUUAGAGGCCAAGAACGCUGCUGCCAAUGACAAGCUGAAGAAGAUGGUCAAGGACCAGCAGGAGGCUGAAAAGAAAAAGGUGAUGAGCCAGGAGAUCCAGGAAGCUGUGUACAAGCAGCAGGAGGUGAUCAAGGACAAACAGCUGAGUGUCAAAGAGGACUUGGACCAAGUGGAGCCUGCUGUUAUUGAGGCUCAGAAUGCUGUUAAGUCCAUUAAGAAGCAGCACCUGGUGGAGGUGCGUUCCAUGGCCAAUCCUCCUGCGGCCGUGAAGCUGGCCCUUGAGUCCAUCUGCUUGCUCCUGGGAGAGAGCACAACUGACUGGAAGCAGAUCCGUUCCAUCAUCAUGAGGGAGAACUUCAUCCCCACUAUUGUUAACUUCUCUGCUGAAGAGAUCAGUGACUCCAUCCGUGAGAAGAUGAAAAAGAACUACCUCUCCAACCCAAGCUACAACUACGACCAAGUCAACAGGGCGUCACUGGCCUGUGGACCUAUGGUGAAAUGGGCGAUUGCUCAGCUUAAUUAUGCUGACAUGCUGAAACGUGUGGAGCCUCUGCGUAAUGAACUGCAGAAGCUCGAAGAUGACGCCACAGACAACAAGACAAAGGCAGAGGAGGUGGAGCAGAUGAUCAGAGACCUGGAGGCUAGCAUUGCCCGCUACAAGGAGGAAUACGCCGUCCUCAUCUCAGAGGCCCAGGCCAUCAAGGCCGACCUGGCUGCGGUUGAGGCUAAGGUGAAUCGCAGCACAGCCCUACUGAAAAGUCUGUCAGCUGAAAGGGACCGCUGGGAGAAGACCAGUGAGACCUUCAAGAACCAGAUGUCUACCAUCGCUGGAGACUGUCUGCUCUCUGCAGCUUUCAUUACCUAUGCCGGCUACUUUGAGCAACAGAUGAGACAGAACCUGUUCACUACUUGGUCUCACCAUCUACAGCAGGCCAACAUUCAGUUCCGUACGGACAUUGCCAGAACUGAGUACCUGUCCAAUGCUGAUGAGAGGCUCCGCUGGCAAGCGAACUCCCUCCCAGCUGAUGAUCUCUGCACUGAGAACGCCAUCAUGCUCAAGAGGUUCAACAGGUACCCUCUAAUCAUCGAUCCAUCUGGCCAAGCCACAGAGUUCAUAAUGAAUGAGUACAAAGAACGCAAGAUCACCAGAACCAGUUUCCUGGAUGAUGCCUUCAGGAAGAAUCUGGAGAGCGCCUUGCGUUUUGGAAACCCACUGUUGGUCCAGGAUGUAGAAAGUUACGACCCCAUCCUGAACCCGGUGCUGAACAGAGAGGUCCGCAGGACUGGAGGACGUGUCCUCAUCACCCUGGGAGACCAGGACAUCGAUCUGUCACCUUCAUUUGUCAUCUUCCUUUCUACACGAGACCCAACGGUCGAGUUCCCACCAGACUUGUGUUCUCGUGUUACAUUCGUCAACUUCACUGUGACACGCAGCAGCCUUCAGAGCCAGUGUCUCAACGAGGUCCUAAAGGCUGAGAGGCCUGAUGUGGAUGAGAAACGCUCUGACCUCCUUAAACUGCAGGGUGAGUUCCAACUGCGUCUGCGUCAGCUGGAAAAAUCCCUUCUGCAAGCCCUCAAUGAGGUUAAAGGCCGCAUCCUUGAUGACGACACCAUCAUCACCACGCUGGAGAACCUGAAGAAGGAGGCAGCUGAGGUGACCAGGAAGGUGGAGGAGACCGAUAUCAUCAUGGCAGAGGUGGAGGCAGUGUCACAGCAAUACCUGUCUCUGUCCUCUGCCUGCAGCAGCAUCUACUUCACCAUGGAGUCUCUCAACCAGAUGCACUUCCUGUACCAGUACUCCCUUCACUUUUUCCUGGAUACCUACCACACAGUGCUGUAUGAGAACCCCAACCUCAAGAGCAUCAGUGAUCAUACACAGAGACUCGAUAUCAUCACCAAGGACCUCUUCCAGGUGGUGUUCAACAGAGCAGCCAGAGGUAUGCUCCACCAGGAUCACAUCAGUUUUGCCAUGCUGCUGGCUAAGAUCAGCCUAAAGGGCAUAACCAGUGAGCCUUCAUAUGAUGCAGAGUUCCAGCACUUCUUGCGUAGUAAGGAGAUUGUUCUGACUGGCAUGUCACUUCCCAAAGUGAAAGGUCUGACCACUGAACAGAGUGAGGCCAUGGUCCGCCUCAGCCGCCUGCAAGCGUUCAACGACUUGGUGGAAAAAGUUGAGGCAGAUGAGCAAUUCUUCAUGUGGAUUGAGAGCAACACUCCAGAGUUGUCUGUUCCUUAUCUGUGGUCAGAGGAGAAGCAGUCCACUCUCAUUGGCCAGGCAGUGCACCAGCUGUUGCUGAUCGAGGCCUUCCGCCCUGACCGUCUCCUGGCAAUGUCGCACAUUUUUGUCUCAAAGGUGCUGGGAGAGUCUUUCAUGAGCCUCAUCGAGCAGCCUCUUGACCUGGCCAAUAUCGUGGAUAACGAGGUGAAGCCCAGCACUCCAGUGUUGAUGUGCUCUGUACCAGGUUAUGAUGCCAGCGGCCUGGUCAGAGAUCUGGCUGCUGAGGAGAACAAACAAAUCACCUCCAUUUCGAUUGGUUCGGCUGAGGGCUUCAAUAAGGCAGACAGAGACAUCAAUACUGCUGUCAAGUCCGGCAGGUGGGUGAUGUUGGAGAAUGUCCACCUGGCCCCCGGAUGGCUGAUGCAGUUGGAAAAGAAGCUUCACUCCAUGCAGCCUCAUUCCAGUUUCAGGCUUUUCCUGACAAUGGAGAUCAACCCCAAGGUGCCAGUGAAUCUGCUUCGUGCCGGUCGUAUCUUUGUGUUUGAACCUCCUCCUGGCGUCAAGGCCAACAUGCUCAGAACCUUCAGCAGCAUCCCUGUGGCUCGCAUGUGCAAGGCUCCCAACGAGCGUGCUCGUCUCUACUUCCUGCUGGCUUGGUUCCAUGCAGUCAUUCAGGAGCGUCUGCGCUAUGCACCACUGGGCUGGUCCAAGAAAUAUGAAUUUGGAGAGUCUGACCUUCGCUCUGCCUGUGACACCAUUGACACCUGGUUGGACGACACUGCUAAGGGUCGUCAGAAUAUUGCACCGGACAAGAUUCCCUGGGCGGCUCUGAAAACUCUGAUGGCCCAGUCUAUCUAUGGUGGCCGCAUUGACAAUGAGUUUGACCAGCGUCUGCUCAACACCUUCCUGGACCGCAUCUUCACCAAGGGAAGCUUUGACAGUGGAUUCAAACUGGCUCUCAAGGUUGACGGGCACAAGGACAUCAAGAUGCCUGAUGGCAUUCGGCGUGAGGAGUUCAUGCACUGGGUAGAGCUGCUUCCCGACACUCAGACUCCAUCUUGGCUCGGGUUGCCCAGCAAUGCUGAGAAGGUCUUGCUCACCACUCAGGGCACUGACAUGAUGGGUAAGAUGCUGAAAAUGCAGAUGUUGGAGGAUGAGGAUGACCUUGCCUACGAGACGGAGAAGAAAGAGCGCGCCUCGUCCACAGCUGAUGCCCAGCCAGCCUGGAUGAGGACCCUCCACACCACUGCCUCCAAUUGGCUGCAACUCGUUCCCCAAACAGUCAAUCCACUCAAACGCACAGUGGAGAACAUCAAGGACCCACUGUUCCGGUUCUUUGAACGCGAGGUGAAGAUGGGUGGCAAGUUGCUGCAGGAGGUCCGUCAGGAUCUGUCUGAUGUGGUGCAGGUCUGUGAGGGAAAGAAGAAGCAGACGAACUACUUGCGCACACUCAUCAGUGACCUUGUUAAAGGCAUCCUCCCUCGCAGCUGGUGUCGCUACACAGUUCCAGCCUCCAUGACGGUGAUCCAGUGGGUGGCAGACUUCAGUGAGCGAAUCAAACAGCUGCAGCAGAUCUCCCAGGGAGCUGCCAGUGGGGGUGCAAAGGAACUGAAGAACAUCCACGUGUGCCUCGGCAGCCUGUUUGUGCCGGAGGCUUACAUUACAGCUACCCGCCAGUAUGUGGCCCAGGCCAACAGCUGGUCUCUUGAAGAGCUGUGUCUGGAGGUCAAUGUUACCUCCGCCCAGGGUGCCGCACUGGAUGCCUGCAGCUUUGGCAUCAAAGGUCUGAAACUGCAGGGAUCUACCUGUGCCAACAACAAGCUGUCUCUGUCCACCUCUAUCUCCACUGAGUUGCCUCUCACUCAGCUCCGCUGGAUCAAGCAAAGCAGUGAUGAGAAGAGACACAUGGUGACUCUGCCAGUGUACCUGAACUUCACCAGGUCGGACCUCAUCUUCACUGUUGACUUUGACAUUGCCACCAAGGAAGAUCCACAUAGCUUCUAUGAGCGCGGAGUUGCUAUCCUGUGCACUGAGUAGAUGACCCAAGUCAUUCCUGGAGACCAGAGAGUCUUUAUUAUUAAGCCACACAUAAUCACUUCAUUGCUUAUUAACCACCAUUUUAAAAAGUAGUUGUUGCAUUCCAAUAUAAAACUUAGUUUUUUUUGUGGAGCAGUAAUUAGCAUGUACCCAUUGUUAGUGUUUUUGGAAAGUGUCUUAGAAGGUCAAGGGAAUGUUGUCAGAUGGUAAAUGAAGAGAAAAUGAAAUGUGGAAAAGGAAAGUUGAAAAUACAUAGUUUUUAUGAAAGAACUGGUAUGUUUUUAGAUUGAAUAAAACUUGUUAGAAUGAAAUAAACUGCAUUUAUGACUUCA